AUGCGACGGAUCAAUAUCAAUGCUAGCGUGGCAUUGUGGACCGUGUUCACCAUCCUGACGAUAUGGAUCUCGUUCGCAUUACACCAGCCCGACGUCCAGACAUGCGAUAUAGCGCGCACUUGGAUCUCGACCGCUCAUGUUGAAGGUUUCGACUCCAAGCACUCGCGGUUUGGUGAAAAAUACUCACUACACUUGAUUCGAGCGUCUCAGCAUGCCAUCCCUCAGCCCAUUCGACCGUCAGGAGUGCCCGUCAUUUUCGUCCACGGCAACGCUGGAGGGUUUCGCCAGAUCGGCCCUUUCGCUGGCAUCGCCCAAGAACUCAACGAUGAACUCAGACUACUAACCAAAGGGGACGCAGGAACAGAAUUCGACUUCUUCUCUAUCGACUUCAACGAGGCAUACUCUGCUUUGCAUGGCCGUACCCUGCUUGACCAGGCCGAGUAUCUCAACGACGCCAUUGCAUACAUCUUAGACAUGUACAAGCGUAACCAACAAGAAGGACUACAGGUUCCCGAAUCAGUCAUUGUGCUGGGACACUCUAUGGGAGGAAUUGUGUCACGUGUUGCGGUUACUUUGGAGAACUACCGACCCCAGAGUGUCAACACUAUUAUUACGCUGGCGUCACCUCAUCUCAUCCCAGCUGCCACCUUUGACGCUGAUAUCACCAAGGUGUACCAUCUAGUCAACGACUAUUGGAGAGCGGCAUUUGCUGAAGGAGAUACCAACGAUAACCCUCUCCGAGAUAUCACCAUUCUGUCUAUUGCUGGAGGCAAGAGUGAUACCAUGGUACCAUCCGACUAUGUGUCUCUAGACUCACUGGUUCCUGCCACAAAUGGUCUUUCAACUUUCACGAAUUCCAUUGCAAGAGUUUGGACUGGAAUUGACCACGAUGCCGUCAUGUGGUGUCACCAGCUCCGACGUCAAAUUGCGUCAGCACUGUUUCACAUUGUUGAUCCAAAUGUCCCAAGCCAGACGAAACCUCGGGAAGUCCGAAUGUCUACUUUCCACAGAAGCUUCUCAGGUUCGCAGUCUCUGUCUAGCGCUAUGCAGGAUUUUAUCAACAUUGAGGCGACACCUCUACAGGAUGGAGUGGAGCAAAGACUGGCCCCAGGCUUCUACUGGGGCCGUAACCUUCAGAUGCUGACUAACCAUGUCAUCAACUACGACUCCAAUAUCGACCUGUACGAGCGAAAAUCUGGAAGUCUACUGAAAGUAUGGCAGUGUAGAUCAAGACAGGGAUCUUCUUUUCGACAAUGCAAGAGAAUCUACCCCCUUUUUGUUCCGGGGAUUAAUGAUUCCGUUCUCUCACAUGUAUCCGUGAACGGUAUUCUCUUGUUGGAUGUGUCCAAGGAGGCUAGCGAGUCUGGAGACUGGAUCAACAUUGAUGAAACGUCUAUGUCAGCUGCUCCUUUUAAUAUAUACGGCAACAUCGUCUUCUCUACUUCCAACAUGGUAUCUCAGGAUAUUGCCUUCCCAGCCCUUACAUCUGGCUUGAUUUCCUACAAGGUGCUUACUUCAGGAGGUGUUGGGCUUAUCAGACAAUAUAUGGGUCGAAACCACCCUAGCCGAACCUAUGAUUCGAAGUACCUUAUCCCUCAUUAUGCUCGGGUGGACAUCUCCUUCCAUGGCGAUGGAGCGCCGUUUGUGCCGUUUAAGCUUAAGACGCCAACAAAAACAGACCUGUCCACAAAAUCGUAUAAGGCCCCACUCCAUCUCCAAGUGUUUGGACAGGGUAAAGUUACAAUUUCUGUUGACUAUGUUGGGUCCCUAGGCAACCUAUUUAUGCGAUACAGAACACUCCUGUUCUCACUCCCCACAGCAGUUCUGUAUGCAGUUCUUCUGUUGCAGUUUUGGAGAUACUAUCAGUCUGGAUCAGAUGCCAAGUUUCUCUCCUUGCGAGAUGCUACCGGGCUCUUCAUCAAGCAGUACCUUUCCUGGGCAUGUCUCGUUGUGGCCGGUCUCAGUUUCGUGAUCAAAUUCGAGUUCAUCAGAGACUUUCUGCACUUUAUUCAGAUCCCUGCCACAGGUUCUAGUAAGAGCUAUGAAAUCGAAACCUUCUAUGGAUCACUCUACACGCAUAUUGAUCUGUUUUUGGGUAUCAGCGGGCCUAUCGGAGUUGUUCUAGCCCCCGCUUUUCUGGCACUUGCGACUGGUAUAGUCGUAGUUGUUACCGAGAUCGUCAUUGCCGUCACCACCCUCGCAUCGUUGGCCAUCUCGAGAGGACAUCGCAAGAUGUCGUUACUUCAGACUCCCAAGAACGUGACGAUUCAGAGCUCUGACGAUCCUAUUGGGGACCUACUCCACAAACGAACCGUCAUCAUCGCACUCAUGGCCUUGCUGGUGCUGCUUUUUGUGCCUUACCAGCUCGCAUUUGCGCUGGCAACCGCCUCUCUGUUGGCACUGACUGCUUACUUUGACGCUGAGGAGUCGGCCUCUGCAUCGCACGACCUCUCCACAUCUCUCUAUGCCAACAGACAAGCCCAAGAGAAGGUUGGGUCUUUCAUUAAUUACGCCACAACCAUGUCUGUGGUCAUGGUUUGGACCACUCUAGUCAACAUCCCCGUGUUGGCUGUUUGGGUCCAAGGUAUGGUUUUUGGACGAUCCACCAUAUUUUCCUCUCACCACAACCUUCUUUCCGUUCUUCCUACUUUGUUGUUCAUUGAGAACUUGUCCUUCCGACGAAUGCCUGAACGUGGCCUCCCCUUCGUCACAUACAUCAUCCUCGGAUACGCGUGUUUCAACUGUACUGCAUACGGCAUGAUGCAUGCCUUCAUGAUCCAUCACUGGUUCAACCUGCUUGCCGGCUGGCUUCUCAUCACCUCCUACAAGCGCAAUAAAACUGUCAUCAAGGAAAGCCGCAUUGAGUAA